AUGGCCAAUCUGCCAAACUGGAAGGAGUUAAAUUACCCUGAACCCUCCAGCAAUGAAAAACCUAUCGUACUCAAACAUGUAGAAGCAGAAACGUUUACACGCUUCACCGAGUUUGCAUACCGAGGUACUUAUGUUACUCCCGUGGUCCAGAAUGGCCAGCAUUCAGACUUGUCCGUCAACAUUUCCGAUGAGGAAGAUGGUAGUAUUGAACGUGGAUCCCGUUACCUCCGAGCACGCAGCCCAAUAGCCCGCACAAUCUCACCACAGCGAAACAACAGCGCCUCCCAUCGUCGCUUCUUCGAACAAUUCAGAUCCCUGAAUUUCUACGACGUUCCAGCCAUGGUCUCCGUCAACCCAAACAUCAUGUUUCAUGCAAAGCUCUACGUUUUUGCUACUGAGUUCCAGAUCCUGUCUCUACAGAGGCAGUGCCUGAGCAAGCUGCACGGAGAUCUGUGUGAGUUUUACAUGAAUCCAAGCGAUGUGCAGAUCCUUCUCGACUUGAUUGAGUAUUCCUAUACUCAUACGGCACGACAUGAGCUAGGAGAAGAGUCUCCUCUUCGAAACUUGGGUUUUCGGUAUGCGUUGUGUCACAUUGACAAGUUGGUUGGUGAGGAGAGGUUUGAGCAUAUUGUCGCAGGUAAUGGCGACCUUGCUCUUGAUAUUUUAAAGGAAGCGUUGAAGGCAUUAUAG